UUUAGUUCAUUCUAUCUUUCCUCCCUCUAUUAUAUACCUCUUCCGAACCCUUUUCCUCCUCUCCUUCUUCUCCUCGCCGCCUCUCCACAUUUCUUGUGUCUGGUUUUCUCCGUCUUCCUUCUCUUGGAAGAGAGAGGCAGCUAAGGCGUUCUAACUGCGGAUCUCGGGGCCUGCAAAGAUGAACCAUUGCGCGAUGCAGCAGAACGCUUUCGCUGCCUGUGAGGAGAUGCGGGGGGCCUCCUCCUUCGCAGUCGCCGAUCGAAGGCCCCCAGUCUUUUGCCCCAAGCCCCGCCGCCUCGGUACCCUCUUCUCCGCCGACUCCGUCCGCCCCCUCCGAUGGCAUGCCAGUCAUCAGGCGGAUCUGUCGGAUACGAAGGCCGGAGCGGAGCUUCUCGAUUUAUUUCUAGCAAAGGGUGGGGAACAGGUGGCCUCGUCACCUCCGUUCUUCUGCGGGUCGCCGCCGAGCCGGGCGGCGAACCCGGUGGUCCAAGAUGCCCGUUUCGGCGAGGACCGGCCGCCGGCCCCGAUAGCCGCCCUUCCGGCCCAAUCCGGCUCGCCGAUGUCGCCACGGAAAGGCUGUGUGCGUGCCAAAUUCGGCCUCAAGCCGGCGGCCGUGAGAAUCGAGGGUUUUGAUUGCCUCAACCGCGAUAGCCGGAGCUGCAGCAUCACUGCUGUGGCCUAAAAACGUUGCACAUAUUUAUAACCCAAAACCCAGUGCUCGCUUUCAUUUGGAAGAGCACGUGGGAGAUAAAAAAAAGGAAAAGAGUGAGGAAUAUUAACAUCAACAAUCCGCAACCACACUUAGAUGCUAAACCAAGCAUAGAAGAGGAGUUAAAAGCAAAAGUGAAGAGAGCUUUGAAAGGGAAUUUGGAAAAGCGAUUUCUUCUCCCAUUGUACAUUGUUUGGCCCCAACAACCAAUCUUUUCUUUUUGUUUCCUUAUUGUCUGUAAUCAGAAGUUUUUAUGUAGAUAACCUUUUAAUCGUUGCAUUGGAUUUUAGUCAUUGCUAGAUGGGUUGUGAGGGUGUGUCCUUUUCUGAGCUUUCACUAUGGCUUUGUAUUUUAUGUCCAAGUUUCGGCCUGGAAUCUGUAUAAAGAAUGGUAGGAAAUGGGUCGGUCAGUUUUGAGUUAUGGCAUGUGUACAUAUUUAUUUUAUAUAUAAAUGUUUGGAUCUUGGUGUCCAUAAUGGGUUUAUUUGCCCUUUCAAUUA